GAAGCCGCGCCAGAGUGUAAUAUGGCGGAGAAUAUCGCCUCAGCGGCUCCGAGCCCGCGAGGGCUUGCGGACGGGGAGGAUGCGGGUUCCCCGGAGGAGCGGAUGGCGGAAACGGCGAGAGAUGGUCAGGAGCAGUUUGAGUGCCAGGAACUGCUCGAGUGCCAGGUGCAUUUGGGGGCCUCUGAGGAGGAGGAGGACGCGGGCCUGGUGGCUGAGGCCGAGGCGGUAGCUGCCGGCUGGAUGCUCGAUUUCCUCUGCCUGUCUCUUUGCCGGGCCUUCCGUGACGGCCGCUCGGACGACUUCCACCGCACCCGCGACAGCGCCGAGGCUAUUAUUCAUGGAUUGUCCAGUCUAACAGCUUAUCAACUGAGAACUAUAUACAUAUGUCAAUUUUUGACAAGAAUUGCAGCCGGAAAAACCCUUGAUGCACAGUUUGAAAGUGAUGAACGAAUUACACCCUUGGAAUCAGCCCUGAUGAUUUGGGCGUCAAUUGAAAAGGAACAUGACAAGCUUCAUGAAGAAAUACAGAAUUUAAUUAAAAUUCAGGCUAUAGCUGUUUGCAUGGAAAAUGGAAAUUUUAAGGAAGCAGAAGAAGUCUUUGAAAGAAUAUUUGGUGACCCAAAUUCUUAUACGCCUUUAAAAAGGAAAUUGCUUAUGAUAAUCUCUCAGAAAGAUACAUUCCAUUCCUUUUUUCAACACUUCAGCUACAACCACAUGAUGGAGAAAAUUAAGAGUUAUGUGAAUUAUGUGCUAAAUGAAAAAUCAUCAACCUUUCUAAUGAAGGCAGCAGCAAAAGUAGUGGAGAGUAAAAGAGCAAGAACAACAGCUUCUCAAGAUAAACCUAAUAGUAAUGAUAUUGAAUUGGAAGCUGAAGCUAAUUUGGAUAUAGGAAAAAGGUCUCACAAAAAUCUCUUCUUAUCUAAGUUGAAACAUGGAAAUCGACAACAAGAUGUUAAUAAGAAAGAGGAAAGAGUGGAAACUCUUCAAAGUGGAAGAAAGAAAAAAGAGAACAGUAGGCGAGCCACUGAAAGCAAGAGAAUAAGUGUUUUAAACAGUCAGCCUCUAACUCCUGAAAAACAUCGAUCUAGAAAAAAACAGGCGUGGCUUUGGGAAGAAGACAAGAAUCUGAGAUCUGGCGUGAGGAAAUACGGAGAGGGAAAUUGGUCUAAAAUACUAUCACAUUAUAAAUUCAACAACCGAACAAGCGUCAUGUUGAAAGACAGAUGGAGGACUAUGAAGAAGCUGAAGCUGAUAUGCUCGGACAGUGAAGACUGAGUGUGUUUGCAGAGCCUGAUGAGACGACAGUUAAAUAUUUUGAUCACUGUAUUUUGCUUGAAACUUGGUGGUCAUUAAUGUAGCUUAAAAUUUUGUUUAAAGCAUUACAGUAUUUUUCUGCGGCACAGUCAUUUAAUAUGAGGAUUUGUGCUGUAAGAGCAAGAUUAUAUACCAUCAUUGUAUUCUUUAAGAAUCUUUUCACUCUGAUAAAAAAAUAAACUUUUCGAACCCUAGUGCUUUCAAAACUCCUACCUCCAAACCCUGUUCCAAUAAAAAAAGUGCAAGCCUGGUAAGAGAAAAAAUAUAUUGCUGUUAACCUAUUCUGUGUCUGUGGGCUGAUUUCAACCCCAUGACACACAUAAAAGUGAAGUUUCUAAAUCAGUGAAUAGGCCUUUGACAUAAUGAGUAAUGAUUUGACUUAUGGCCUUAAUAUAUUAAUUACUAAGAUAUUUGCUUAUAGAAUGAUAAAUGUACAAAGUAAUCUGUGAGUUAUACUUAAAUUUUUCUUUCGGUAGUUUCAUAUAAAGGAAAAAACUUGACAAUAGUAAUACCCAUAGGACAGAGUUUAUACUACUACUAAGAAUAGCUUAUGUCUCAUUUAGGUAUAUUUGAUUUUUGUUCUAGUGUUAAAACUUUGACAAAGAUGGUUUUAAAUAAAGCUUCUUUAUAACCUGGUACCAUACAUAUCAAUUUCUCUGAUAUUUUCAUUUAGUUAGAUAAAUAUUGGGCCUAAAUAAUAUUCUAUAAAUGCUUAAAUGGGUUUUAACCAUGAUCAUUUUUUUUUAAAUUUUUUAAUUUAAUUUUAUUUAUUUUUUUAUACAGCAGGUUCUCAUUAGUUAUCCAGUGUAUACAUAUUAGUGUAUACAUGUCAGUCCCAGUCUCCUAGUUCAUCCCACCACCACCACACCUGCCACUUUAACCAUGAUCAUUUUGACGACUGUGACAAAUACUAAAUAAACAAGAUCAUGCAUACCUUAUUAGACAGUUUUGAGUUUUCACCAGCAUAUUCUUUAGAGGAUUUAGUCAAAAACUAGAAUUAUUUAGCAUUUUGAGUUACGUAUGCUUUAUUUAACAAAUGUGUGAAAAUGCUUAAGCAUUUGCUUAAAAAGUUAAAUGAUUAUUUUGUAAUCUGUAUUUCUUUAUUAAAGUUUUAUACAUUGCUUUCUCAUUGUUCCUGAAGUUGUUGCCCUAUACGUAUAAUAAAUAGAA